GGGGGCGCAGCAUUUAAGGGAAAGUCCCAGCUUCCUCCCCGAGGCAAGGAGCUUUGCCGUAUCUUUAUAAACCGGUGAUGAUGGGACUGGCCAGUGAGUCAUAUGGCUUUUAAAGGUGAUCCUGAGAUUCAGAAACAGAAAGGAACAAACCUAGGCUUAGACACAAAGGAUUUGGGUACUCUAUGUGAAGAAUUGGUUGAAGUGAGGGCUAAGUGGCGACCUAUAGGUCUGAAGCUGAGGUUGACUCCUGAUACCCUGGAUGCAAUCGAACAGGGGAAAAUCAAUCCAUUAGAGGCAGUCCUGCUCCAUUGGCUACGGGUGACAAUAGGAGCCUCAUGGGAACAAUUGAUUGAUGCUCUACGGUCAGCUCUGGUUGGUGAAAUACGAUUAGCAGAGAAGUUGGAGCUGAAGUACUGUCUUCCAGAAAAAACUGGCCACAGGGAGAAAAGGAAGUAUAGGAGUGACGAUGAACAGCAACUGACAAACGACAUCAAAAACAUUAAGAAGAAGUUUGCUAACCUGCAAACAGCAACGAGAGAAUCUCUAAAGAAGUGUAAUGUUGAAUUGAUGUCCCUGGUAGCCCUCCUCACAUCGUAUCGAACAUCUUGUGCUGUGAUUGAGAGUGAGAGUAACAUGCUGCUUGCCCACCAGCAGGAAGAUCUCAGAAGGGCUGCUAGUGUUGAUGAAAUCUUUGUUAUUAUCUCUCCAUUUUCAUCAUUCCUUGAUUUUGAGAUUCUAGAAGAUGUGAUAGAAAAGUUUGGAGCUGAAAGUGAUCAAAGUGAUUUGGCUACGUAUUUCAUUGAGCUCAGAGAAUUUCUCAACGCAUGGAAAGUAGAGCCUUGCAAGAUCAGCCGAUUGGAUGAUGAUAAAAAAAAAGUUAAAUUUUGCUUCAAGCUUGACACUUGUUCUCUUGCAAUUUAUCCGGAUCUAAAGGCUGCUAUUGCUAGGAUUCUUAAAGUACCUGUCUACACUUUACACUUGCAUUCAAUCGAGGAUGGUUCCAUUCAGCUUAUUUUCUUCUUCCUAGGGAUAGUACAAUUAUCAUUUCACCAGUGUGAUCAAAUUGCACAAAUAAUUCCUUCUGUGCUAAAGGUGUCGUUAAUUCAUGGAUCAACAAGUGAAAUUAUCUUUGAGUUUUGCUCAUUUCAGAGAGUCAUCAACCCAGUACCAUCACCUGAGAUCAGACAAGAGUAUACUGAAGAGAAAGGGGAAAAGACAAUCCAAGAAAGCCACGAAAAAAAGUGGUAUCAGCGAUUAUUUUCUUGGAGAACAUCACAAAGAGCAGGAGAAGAGGCUGAAUCCAAGACUACACCAUCACCAGGGGAAACAGUUGAGCCCACAGUGACAAGUGUAACAGAGGAGAGUAGUGAGUCACCUACACGGGGGAAAAGGUGGUACCAACGAUUCUUUCCAAGGCAUUCAUCAAGAAGAUAUAGUCAGGAACGGAUGGAUGAACCCAAGGCUACAUCAUCACCAGGGGAAACAGUUGAGCCCACAGUGACAAGAGUAACUAAGGAGAGUAGUGAGUCAUCUACACGGGAGAAAAGGUGGUACCAAAGAUUGUUUUCAAGGCAUUCAUCAAGGCAUUUAUCAAGGGAGGAACGGAUGGCUAAAUAUUGGGGAGAAGAGGAGGAAUUAACGAGUAAGAUUGUUGCUCAACCUCUUCCUUACUCAAGGCAGUCAAUAUCACCACAGAGACUUCAUAUCUCAGCACACGACUCUUCUACAUACUCUCGUACUCCUACACAUUACUCAAAGAUACUAGAGCACUCUCUGACAUGACAAUAUCUGAACCAUUAUCCUAACAGAUCUUUCCAGAGACCAGCCCUGAUUGCAGUUUCUCACCAAAUAAUAGUUAAACUUUAAGAGUCAGUCUAAAACGUUAAUUGUGGCCAGUUGUGUGUGUGUGUGUGUGUGUCUUCUUGAUACAUGUAGGUAUAGUGUAACUUAAACAUUUCGUGUCUUUUUGAAUGUUUAUUUUUCUGUUGGUCUACAUGUCAGUAGUCCUUCAGCCUCACAUCUUGUAAAUCAAACCUAAUGCAUUUUUAUCUAGAAA